UGGGCUUUCUCUCAGAAAAAGCAGCCUGCUAGAACUUGGUGCCACAGGAAGUAUUUCCCAGCAGAAGCAGAUUUUAGGGACUCAAUCUUAAGGUGACUCUCCUGACUGAAGCUUCAGAGCUCUCCUGCUUUCUGGGUUAAGGCAGAAUCAGUCUUCUAAAUGUUGGCUGGUGUUCAGCCAGGGACCCACCUUAGAAUAUAAAAUGCUUAAGUUCAGGCCUGUGGCCUCUGAACGCCACUUCAUGUGGCCCACUCGCUGUCUCUGCAUAACCAUGUGUGGGCAAGAGAGCCAAACUAUGCCACUAUGGACAGAAUAGCUUAUGAUGCUUAUCCCCACCCACCACUUCCGAGACAUUGAGCGGAAGCCAGAAUACCUCCAGCCGGAGAAGUGCAUCCCACCUCCCCACCCCAGUCCUGUGGGAACCAUGUGGUUUAUCCGCGACGGCUGUGGCAUUGCCUGUGCCAUUGUCACCUGGUUUCUGGUCCUCUAUGCGGAGUUUGUGGUCCUCUUUGUUAUGUUGAUUCCAUCCCGAGACUACGUGUACAGCAUCAUCAACGGAAUUGUGUUCAACCUGCUGGCCUUCUUGGCCCUGGCUUCCCAUUGCCGGGCCAUGCUGACGGACCCCGGGGCAGUGCCCAAAGGAAAUGCCACUAAAGAGUUCAUCGAGAGUUUACAGCUGAAGCCUGGACAGGUGGUGUACAAGUGUCCCAAGUGCUGCAGCAUCAAGCCCGACCGUGCCCACCACUGCAGUGUUUGUAAGCGGUGCAUUCGGAAGAUGGACCACCACUGUCCCUGGGUCAAUAACUGUGUUGGCGAGAACAACCAGAAGUACUUCGUCCUGUUUACAAUGUACAUAGCUCUCAUUUCCUUGCACGCGCUCAUCAUGGUGGGAUUCCACUUCCUGCAUUGCUUUGAAGAAGACUGGACAAAUCUCCUGCAAGGCUAUCGACUGACCAGGAAAGAAACAGCAGAGGCCCGAAUCUCUCUUCAGGAAAAAAAGCCACCCCUUAAAGUCAGUUCCACAGAGUGCAGCUCCUUCUCACCACCCACCACCGUGAUCCUCCUUAUCCUGCUGUGCUUUGAGGGGCUGCUCUUCCUCAUUUUCACGUCGGUGAUGUUUGGCACCCAGGUGCACUCCAUCUGCACAGAUGAGACGGGCAUUGAGCGCCUCAAACGAAAGAACCAGCCGAGGGAGCACACGGGCAGCUGGGAGUCGGUAAAGGAGACCUUUGGUGGGGACUUCUCCCCGAACUGGUUCAACCCCUUCUCCGGACCGUGUCAUCCAGAGCCUCUCCGUGACGGAGACUGGGUGCGGCAGGUGACACUGUCAGACACCGACAACACGGAAACAGUGACGGAGUCUGAGGAGGGGAAGGACAAGGACUCUGUGGAGGUGAUAGAUGAGUAAUGCUGCUAUGGGGAGAGGGACGGACACUGAAAAGUCACUGUCAACCUGUCACUGGCAUUGUGGCUGCGGGGUUCAUGGGUGUGACGCGCUCCCCUGCACCCCGCUGCUCCCCUCGGGUCUCUCACUUGGCGUGGCUGUCCUCUGUAACCCCUCCUCUCUCUCCCCGUGUUGAGCCAGGUCUGGGAGGUGGGGGAUAGACUAGGGAUGACAGAGGAGGGACUUUUUCUGAGUCCAUCUAAGAAGAGUCUGCUGGGAGAGGGAGCGUCAGGAACCAUUCUCCAAGACUGGGCGUCCUCUGCCGCUUGCACAGCCUCCCCCAACAAAGGGAGCUCUGAACAGGGCGGCUGGGGACCAGAAAAGAACUCGCCUUAGGCUGUUCUUGGGAUGUCUGUCUUCUCAUGGGAAGGUUGGGGCCCUGCUCCUGGCUUUUGAGAAAUAAGGCCAUAACAUUAUGAUGGAAGGACAGAGCAGGGCUGGCCUUGGGGACCUGAGGUGGGACCCUGACAUCAGGAGAGAUCAGCCUGGAAAGGCUGCAAGCAUCGCGGCCACUCCCGGAAAGGGCUCCCCUGCCACCGGCCUGAAUUAGGAGAAAGGCCUGUGCCGCAGCUGCCUUCGGAGUCAGGCAUGGUUUGAGAGGACCCCAACACUGGGCUGCAGAUACACACAUGCGGGACGUGCCCAGGUCGGAAACAAGCCUGAGCUAUGGCAGCUGCGCCAGAACUUAGCUCCCAUUCCGCAGACACGAGAGGCUUAGUGGAGUCACAGCUUAACGCUGUCCUGCCGUGUGGCUACAGAUCUGUCCACGCCCAGGUCGGAGUUGGGGGAGGGCCUAAAUAGGGCUUCUGGGGACUCGGACCUCCUCCACCAGAACGGAAUUUACCUUUCCCUCCUGGAUGGAGUCUGACAACCAACCUAGGCAGAACUGACCAGAAACCUGACCUGUGUGUUUUAGGCCAGUUUUCCCAAGAUAACGCCCACCUUGUGUCUGAAAGGGCGGGUGGUAGCCAGGGCCUGCAGAUUGAUGAACCAGGAAGACAGACACACACACACACCCUCACACUCUACCAAGAUGAGCCUGGACCCUGGUCCCCCCAUUUGAAGGCUGAAGGCCCAAGCAGGGGUCCCUGAGCUCCAAAACCCCACUCCAGUGGUUCCUGAAGCAGCAUCUUCUACACAAAGCCCAACAGAAGGGUUCGUCUCCCCCUUUGGUGUAAGAAUGGCUCCCCCACCCCGGCUCCCAGCGGAGGCCUUUGUUCUUCUCUUUGGCCCAUUGCCCCAGGAUCAGCUGGCACCAGGGCGGAGCCUGCCCACGCGAUGUCUCUGUUCCAGGGCCCCUCUUCCAGCUCCAGGCCAAGCAUGAGUCCUCGUCCAGGGGGGCCUGUGGCCCCAGUUAAAUGGGGAAGGAGGUCAGUAUUCAGAGGUGCCACCUAGGACACUUUACGAAGGCUCUGGUGACCGUGAGAAAGAAAGGAAGGCAGCAGCGCAAUCCUCGGGCAGUGUCCUCGGGCCUUCCCUGAAGGGCAGUGGCUCUGCAGAGAGAGACCCCUGCCUACAGCUGAUGACCGCCAGGCUCUAGGGCUAAUUGCUCGGAGGGGCCGGUGUUCACAGAGCCACCUCUGUCCUAACCCCUGCUCAGAGCUCUUUCGUGAUGUCCCGUGAGAGGGCUGGUGGCAGGACUUGCAUUGACAGAGCAACCAGAAAGGCUCGGGCCUUCCACAGCCAGGCCAUGGACAUCUCUUCUUGGUCCGUGUCAGCUUUCGUACUUAUUAAUAUUUAUUAACAAAGCCCAUUAACUCGCAGUCCGGGCAGGGCGUUGCCUCUCACCACUUUGGGAGAGAGCUGUCGUCUGACCGUGGAGACCCACUGUUUGUUGUCCUGACCAAGAAGGCAGCCCUGGGGUGCCCACAGGGUGAAUUGUGUACCAAAGAGACUCCAGCAGUGCUGUGUGAGUCCCAAAGGAGUCCGCGGUCAGCGGGCAGGGUAAGGGGAGAGGUUCGCUGGUCACCGUUUGCUGAUGAUGUCAGUCUGGCAGGGUCAGGCCGGAGGUCCGAGGUGUGUGCAUGAGAAAGGCCCUUGCACAAUGGCCUUGAAAUUGCUCUUCCUCCAGCCGGCUUGGCGGAAAGCAGAGGUCCGUCGCCAUGAGCCCCAAAGCCCACUCUGGGUUCAGGUUGGUUGGUGGGGAGGCAUUUUACCUGCACAGAGUCAGACCGGCCUCUCCCUCCUUGCUGAGCCCAUCUCCAUGCUAGACCUCAGCCACCUCAGACCCUGUCCUGGCAGGGGCUGCACUGGGCCCCAGCUGGGGCUGCGUGGGUGACAACCUGUCUAAUCCCCACACCAGUGGCACAGUGGCCUUCCCUCUGUGGCGGCUGGCGACAGUGUAACAUUCUGCUUAGUCUCAAACUGACAGCAUUGCAAUGCUGUCAAAACAAGACAAGGGCCAACAUUGAGGGAGACUGGGCGCAAACUUCUGCUUUUUUCUCUGAAUAAAAAGCUCUUUUCUCGA